GUGCCACGUGGCAGCUACCAGUUGGUUCCUGAGAUCAGCCCGGAUGAGGUCGCAGCAGGGCUGAUCUUCUCCCCCUCUAUAGAGGAAUCCGUUACAGUCACAUCCGCCCCCGUCACAAACAUAGUCUUCAAACAGGCAGAGGUGGCAGAGAAGGGAGGUUCUGUGGGAUCGUUCUUCUUUGACCGGUUGCUGCCGGGAUCGUACCGAAUCGAGGCUCGCAAGGCUCCCACCAAUGCCACUGCUUUGCAGAACGACGAGUGGUGCUGGGAGGAGGAGGGCCGCGCUGACGUGGCGGUGUUUGAUUCGCCCGUGACGAACGUACAGCUGGCACAGCGCGGGUGGCGCAUGGUCGUGCGGGCGGCAAUGGAGGACAAAUUCACGUUGACCCAUGGGGACUACGAUCCCACUGAUUUCUCUGUGUCGCCUGGAGUGCAGGAGUUCUGUGUGGAAUCCCCAGGAGAGUACACCCUCGCCAUGUCACAUGCGUGUGCCUACUACGGCGCCCUCUCUUUCUCCUUCCACACCCGCCAACCGAAGCCCAUCCUUCUGACUCCCACGGCCUACCGCGUAUCGGGCCCUCUCUUCCUCAACACCUCCCUCCUCCCGCCAACGCUCUCCCACCUCUCUCUUGAAGCAAGCAUCGUCGCCCGCAUCAGUGGGAAUGGCGGCGGGAGUGACAGCUACGGCACUCUCUCAGUGCGCCGCCCACCGUCCAGGGAGGACCCUGUGGCAAUCUAUGAGCAGGUGAGGCAUGGUGAGGUGUGUGCGGAUGGCUAUCAGUCAUCUCACUCCUCCCUUUCCCCCUUCUCACUCACCGUGUGGUACAUACACACCCAUGCUCUCAUCUCUCCACAGGACAGCUACAAGAGGUUUACGGAACAGCCCUCCUUCCCCUUCCCAUCGACCCCGCGGCUCCUGUUUUAUCCUUCAGCCAUUCCUGUAACAGUCCAGCCCUUCAAGUGUCCGCCGCCCCUCCCACCAGUCUAUGCCCGCCCGGGCGUCUUUCUCACAGCAACGAUCACUCCCGCACUGCCAGGUGUCAACGAAGGGUACAUCUUCUCGCCCACUGGAGACAACGCUUUCACAGCAGAGAAGGCCGAACCCACACAGGUGAGUGUGGCUGUUGCGAAUGGCCCACACAGGCGGUGCUGCAUCCCUCUUCUUUCUACUUUUGAGACGUCUCAACAGGCUAUUACUCAGGCGGUGCUGCAUCCCUCUUCUUUCUACUUUUGA